AUGACCUCCAGCAUCUCCAUCCUCUUUAAACAACAUAUCCAGGCCAGGCAGCUAGUAGUGAUCAAUACUCCUCCUGAAAGCUAUAAUCCUUUGAAGAACCUUAAGAAAACCUUUAAUGACACCUCUGCCUAUGUAGCUUUUCGCUCCAAGCAGAACAUGGAUUACGCCUUCCUCAUGAACUUUGCUACCAACCACUCUGACUACUUCCUGAUGCUUGAAGAUGAUGUAAAAUGUGCCCCAGAAUUUGUCACCCAGAUUGUCACCACACUCUCUGCCUGGGAAAGGAAAUUUUGGGUGAUUCUGGAGUUCUCUCAGCUGGGCUUCAUUGGAAAACUCUUUCACACGAAAGACCUCCCUUAUUUUGUUCGUUUCCUUCUCCUCUUUUACCAAGAAAGGUCCUGUGACUACCUUUUGUCCCAUUUUCGUGACCUUCGCAUGCAGCAAAAACCAAUCCGAUUUUCCCCCUCCCUUUUUCAGCAUGUGGGCAGUUACUCAUCCUUUGACGGCAAAUUCAAUAUCCUCAAAGAUAAAGAAUUUGAGGACGAUGACAUUGGCCUUCCCAGUAACCCUGCUGCCACCAUUUAUACCAACCUUAAUGUCAUCAAUAACUCUCUCCUCAUGAAUGCCUACAGCUUUGAUAAAAAUUUCUUUUAUAGCAAAGAGGUUAAGGCUGGCAGCCAUGUGACUGUGAUUUUGGACAGGCCUGCUACAGUGUAUCGAGUUCAAGUGCUGACUGGCUCUAAAGUAAAGAGGAGGAAUCAGCUAAAAGAAGGGCAAGUAGAACUGGGCUAUGAUUCUACCAAUCUGAUCCAUGACUGCGAUGACUAUAUUCUUCUGGGGAUGCUAGAAAAUGGCAUCUUGAAUAAGCAAGUAUUAUCCGAAGAUUCUGGGAAGAAGGUGAAAUGUGUGAGAUUGCUUGUAACAGCCACUUUACCCUGUGGAUUAAUAGUCAGAAACAUCAAUCUCUGGGUUAAAGAAAAUGUAAAUAAUAUACAAAAAGCCAUUGGGGUUUCUGGGAGUGAGCAGGUUGGAAGUAGAGUCUACAGAGAUAACAGAACAUUAAAGUCUUAA